AUGCGCCACCCGUUAGUGUUGGCAGCAUUCUCCUUUGCCGUCGCCACAACUGCGGGAGCGCAGGACUUCGCUUCAUAUGUUCCAGAAUGCGCACCACCUUGUGUCGAGCAGACUUUAAAUACUACCCAAGCCUGUGCUUCACUUGACGAUAAUGAAUGUCUCUGUACCCAUUUUCAGCAGAUCAUAUUCCCUACGAUACAAUGCUUUAUACAGAGUUGCAACGCCACCAAUCCAGGAGAAUUACGGUCAGAGAUCACAGCCGGAUGGCAGAAAUUCUGCAGUGACUCCGGGUCCCCAAUAGAUGUGAUGUCGGGCUGGGGUCCGGGGCCAAGGCCAUCAUCGUCGAUGAGCUCAAGUACACCGUCGAUAACAUUGGCCCCGGCUCCGACAGGAUCGAAUGAGACAGUACCAAUCGCAGCCUCUGGUCUCAGUACGGGGCAAAAAGCCGGCAUUGGUGUGGGUGCAGGUGUUGGCUCUCUAGCAGUCAUCGGCGGGCUGGUGUUUAUAGGGUUUCGAUUGGGGCAGAAGAAAAGGAAAGCCAACAAUGACACAGGGAACGCGCCAGCUUCAAACGAAGAAACACAACCCGAUCAGGGGCAAAGCGCGACUCUCUCUACCGACUGGCACACUGCGGAGGGCGGGAAAGAUGUUUGGACUCACAAAUCACCGGCAGAUCCCGUUGAACUUCCUUCCCCACCCGCUCCGCAAGCAGAGCUGCCAGCACACGAAGUUAAAGAGUUGCCCACCACCAACCAGCCAGUCGAGCUUUGGCAUGGUGUCAUGCCCCCAGAGCUCAGCGCCGAUUCAGAAAUACCUCGAACGGCGAGCAUAACGAGAUCAUGA